AUGCUGGCGCGUCCGUCCGGCGACGAGGCCACCGAUGCGACCGUCCAGGAGCUCGUCGCCGACCUCGUCCGACCCGCGCAUGGCAGCGACCGAGGCGAGCCCAUGUACGCAGCGCAUGCGCCAGCGACUAUGGCUGUGGCGGUGCUGGCCUCGCUCACGCGGCUCGCAGCGACCAACACCCGCCUCCGAACGCUGGUCGCCGACGCGCUCAGCCCGCACUGGAUGGCCUUCGCCGCCUGUCUCUACGAUGCAACGACGUCGCUGCAUGCGCUCGUAUGCUUGGCGUCGUGCAUAGACAACUCGCGCCGCCACCAGCGCCAAAUGACGCGUGCGAUUCCUGGUGUCGUCUUCCAGGAUGCGUCGGUGAUGCUGUACGCCGUGUGUGUGCCCGAGCGCGUCAACGCCGCGUACAAGCAAUGGCGGCGGCGGCAGAAGGCACUGCGGGGCCAUCGCGCGCCGCAUGGUGUUCCGCCCGACGCGUCGGGAGCCCCGGCGCCGUGCUACUGCAACGCGUGCUUGGGCGUGCUCCAGCUCUUCCCAACAUGGCGUGCGCACUUCUACGACCUCGACUUGUGGCGCAUCGACGACGACAAUGACGUAAGAAUGACUCAGCUUCAAAAGCCUCCAUCGCUCCGCGAGUACCUCGAGGUCGUCAUGGCAUUUCAUGGCCGGCGAUUCGAGCGUCAUUUGCUGCCGCGGGACCCCGAGAACCCAAGCGCUGGCGGCUCUGCGACCUUGUAUGCGCUACGCCUUCCUCUCAACCAAGAGGCCGACAUCGAAGAAGAAGAAGAAGAAGAAGAAGAGAUUUGUGACUUAGACGCGCGUGAUGAAGAUGGCUCCCUCGAUCCUCGACGGGACAUUGUCGCGCUCGUCGUUCACGAGGAGGUCGCCCUCGAACUACUACAGCUACAACACGACAGCGCAGAAGAGACGCCCGACGAGGUAGUACAAUCGCCAAUGACGACAAGUGACAGCCCGGCGAUCGCUGCAGCCCCGGCGCCGGUGGUCGUCGUGCUGCACGAAGCCAUGCAACGUGUGUCGAUGUGCCGUUAUGAUGCGCGCCCUUCGGUGGUCGAACCCGUUUCGUCGCUCGUCGAGUACCUUCGAUCGCUUCACGCCCUCUUCAAAAGGCUGGACCCGAACGGCGACGGAUCGAUCACGAAGCAUGAGUUCAUGGACGCACUCACCGACCACGCGACGCUCCGUGCGCAGCUCGAAGCCUCGUUCGGCGACCCAUUGGACGGGUCGGCGCUGGACGACGAUCGCCUCGAGAUGGUGUUUACGCUCAUUGGCGCUGGCCGCGACACUCUCGAGUGGGACGACUUUGUCGCGUACUUUGGCGAUCCAAUACGCAUGGAGCGCGUCCAGCAGCGUGCAUUGAGCGCCGAGGUGGAAGCCACGAUGGCGUUUCUGCUGCGCUGCCUCGCCGACGACGAGACGUCCGACGAUAUCGUCGACUGCCACAUGUGCUCCAUUACCGUCUCGGCCAAUGUGGACGCGCAAGAGCUGCGUCUCGAGGCAUCGCGCCAUGACGACGCUGGUGAGCAGCGGCGGUUCAGUGCCAGCGUGCCCCAAGCCUCGUUGUGCGUCCUCGGCAAAUCACCGUUUGCGCUUCUCCAGCUCACGCCCGAGUCGCUGGAGGAGCUAGUGGCGCGGGUCGUCUUGUGCUAUCAUCCGCCGCAUGCGUGCAUGGCAGCGCACGGCGCACGACUCGCUCUGCGCGAGGUGCCGCAUACCGAGGCCGCUGCGCCAUCUCUUGUUCGUGCAAUGGCGACGAAAGCAUCGCCGACGCCGAUCCCAGGUCUCUCGGCGUCCAUGGUGGCGGCCAUCGACCGGUGCAAGUCUGCACUCGAGACGCAGCUGCAAACCAUGGCUUUUCUGCAGCGUGAGAAUGCUGCGGAAUUCGCGGUGGCGACCACGACGCAGCUGCGGCAGUGGAUCGACCAGUGCAACGCGCGCAUGACAAGCCUCGCCCAGCCGAGCGCGUUCCCGAAGAGUACGCACGCGCUUCGCGCGGCGGCGCGCGAUCGGUGCCAGCAGAUCCGACGCGACCUUAUCGACUGCGCCCGCCGCAUUGCCAUGGUGGACGCGCAGCUCUGGAGCGCCGAGGCCACCAUCGACCUUGUGCAUGUGGUCGUCCGCACGCUACACGACGUGCUUCGCUGCAGCGCCGAGGUCCACUACUGGGAGCGUCGGGACGAGCGUAUCCCGAGCCUCGGUCUCUCCAACACAGUGUGGGCCAACGGAUACCCGGACGCGCUUUACCCAAAAGCAACCGAAGCGGCGCGAGCGGGGCAGAAGAAGCGCAGCAACAAGCUGCGGCGCGCCGUGCAGGCUGCACGAAGAGUCCACCACCAAGUAGUGAGCAAGUAGAGUCACGCGUACAAUGGUAGCGUAGGAGGAUAUUAGAGCAGUCACGUCUGCAGUACAAGGGCAGUGGCCACGAGCGAAUAAUGGAGCCGCCCUAUCACCGUGAGUAGCUCGACGACGCUUUAAGUCAGAGCCACGGCCGCUCGAUGAUAGCCUUGCCUCACGCACGCUUGUCGGUCACCAACCAUUUCCAGCUACUUCCAUAUAUCUCGGUCACCAACCAUUUCCAGCUA